GGGGCAGCACUUGCAGGCUCACACCCGACCAAUGCUCACACCGACCACCGCUCACAUCCCGCUCACAUCCCGCUCACAACCCGCUCACACCCGACCAAUGCUCACAUCCCGCUCACACCCAACCACUGCUCACACCCCGCUCACACCAGACCAAUGCUCACAUCCCGCUCACACCGCUCACACCCGACGAAUGCUCACACCCCGCUCACACCCGAUGAAUGCUCACACCCCGCUCACACCCCGCUCACACCCGACCAAUGCUCACACCCGACCACAGCUCACACCCCGCUCACACCCCGCUCACACCCGACCAAUGCUCACACCCGACCACAGCUCACACCCCGCUCACACCCGACCAAUGCUCACACCCCGCUCACACCCGACGAAUGCUCACACCCGACCAAUGCUCACACCCGACCACAGCUCACACCCGACCACCGCUCACACCCCGCUCACACCCCCGCUCACACCCGACCACCGCUCAAACCCCGCUCACACCCCCGCUCCCACCCGACCACUGCUCACACCCCCGCUCACACCCACCCCCGCACUCACCACGGCUCCCACCCGACCACCGCUCACACCCCGCUCACACCCACCCCGCUCUCACCACGGCUCCCACCCGACCACUGCUCACACCCCGCUCACACCCACCCCGCUCUCACCACGGCUCCCACCCGACCCCCGCUCAGACCCACCCCGCUCUCACCCCGCUCCCACCCGACCAGCGCUCAGUUCAAACGGGUCAGAGAUGGACCGUUGGAGGAGGGGUCUGCUGGUCUACUGUAGACAGUCAUCACUUCAGAGGAGAAUCUGUGUGACUUGUUAAAGGUCAAGUCGUGUGUGUGAGGCAGCCUUUGUGGGGAAGCUCAGGCUAUACUGCUCCCGUCUCACAAACCACGGCGUUAGAGCUCCAAUCAGUCCCUUAUUCCCUUUGUUUGAACCCCCCAGCCCCCCCCCCGUGUCUCCGGGUGUGAGUCUGGGACAACGUGCUGUGCUGCCCAGUCUGUUUGUAAUGCUUUAAUUUUAAAAUAUUUUUAAUAAUUUGUUAACUUAAUCAAAAUGUGCUGGUAAUCACAAAGAAAUGUAAAGGCAAUUUUUUCCUCAAAUAAAUGCAUGUAAUGAUGGAU